AUGCCGAAGCCCCCAAAAACGCCACGAAAUGACCCAUCCCGUGACUCUACAGAGGAUUUUCCGGAGUUGUCCAGAGAAGCUGGCCUCGCUGCUAACACCACGGAGCUAGCUAACGAGACAUUGCUACAACACAUCUCUGAAACGAUUGCGGCAGAGGCAAGGCGCUCUCAAACAGCCAUGGAUCAGUCAAUCGCCAAGCUGGAGCUGUCCCUUGAUGGUAAAAUUAACAAUGUUAUCAAGCGCAUUGACGAAGUGGCGGCUUCGUGCGACGCUAUCGGGGUUCGCCAGGCGGAGGCUGAGAGCCGCAUCUCCGCUUUGGAGGACGACAUGACGCCGCUGCAGGCCAGAGUGGCUCCCAAGUGGUGUUGCGGCUCCUCGUCCCCGGCGGAUCCGGAGAUUGGAGUGGGAGCCCCACAGGUCACGGAGGAGGCUCCGAAGAGUGGCCGUGUCAAAAAGAUGGUGCGUCUGGCGGCGGAACUGCUGCUGCUCUUGGGACUUCUGCUGCUGACUCUGCACAUCACUGUGCUGAGGAGCAGCCCGCUGCCUCAGGCCAACACUACGAGCCUGGAGCAGGACGAGGCGCUCAUAGAGAACACUAUCAAUAUAAAGCGGAGCUCCUCUGGUCAGCUGGAGUCGGAGCGGCGCAGGUCUGGUCCUGGACACCGGUUGGCCCCACGCCCAGCCUCUCUGCCGUGGGGUCAAGGCACCGGGAGCAGCCUGCACCGAGACACCGGGACCUUCCUCCUGGACCUCCACAACUUUCCCGACCUCUCCAAGGCCGACAUCAACGGGCAGAACCCAAACAUACAGGUAACUAUAGAAGUGGUGGAUGGUUUGGAAGGUCAAGAACAGGAGAAAGGCCUCCAUAAAGAGUCCAAACCAAACUGGGCUUCAACAAACUGGAGAAACUGGUGGCCGCACGCGUCUCCGUCCUCAGGCACCCACCAGACGGACGAGCACAGAAGCAAACACGAGGACAGCAACUUCCUCAGACCUCCACCGGACUGGGACCGGAGAGGAGGCACCGCAGCGGGCAAAGCUCAGAGCGAAUAUGACUACAUGGACGGAGAUGGCGACUGGAGCGGCUGGUCCAGCUGCAGCGUCACCUGUGGCAACGGGAACCAGAAGAGGACUCGCUCGUGUGGAUACGCCUGCACCGCCACCGAGUCCAGGACGUGCGACAUGCCCAACUGCCCCGGUAUCGAGGACGCUUUCAAGACAGCCGCUACUGAAGUGAGUCUGCUGGCAGGAACUGAUGACUUCAAUGCCACAGAGCUCUUUGGAGUUGAUGAGACCCCAGUGUUAGCCAUGUUGACAGGGAUUUCGCACUCCCAAUGCGACCGGAGGGAGGUUGAUGCGUCCCAGGCUACGUACUAUUCGCACGAGGCCCCUCAAGUCUCUGCCCUCAUCACUAUCUGCAGGGCGCCUUGA